AUGAUCAUAUAUCCGAAAGAUUAUGACGACGUAGCGGAGGAAUGGCAAUACUUUUAUAUAGCAUUUUCAACCAUUAGAAUCAUACUCUUUCUGUACUUUGGUAUUAUCAACUCUGUGCAAUAUGUGUACGAGGUGGCAUCGCCUAAAUUGACGAGAUCGUUUACACGUCAAACCGUGUAUCUCAUGUGCGCACUCAUGUCGUUGACACGAGCCGCCGCCUUUAUCAUGAAGACCUAUAAGCAAGUGUCUCCCGACUAUGAGAGCACCAAGGUGAAUCAACUGCAGUUUGAUAUUGCCUACGACGUUCUUAUCAUCGUUGGCACAUACUCGGUUCUUAUACAGUGGAUUGCAAUCGGAGCGUUUUGGAUGUCGACCUUUUACGUCUACUUUGGCUCGAGAGGAGACCGUGUGCAAAAGGUGACCUAUCGAAUCAAGGUGUUGGUGCGAUCGACUGUGGUGACGUUGACCGUGUGGGUGGGGGUUGUCAUUAUACUGACCAUCGCUAUUCCCGCCAAAGCCAAUCUCACCAGUCUCGUCUACAACGCCAUCUAUCUGUUGGCAGUGCUGUUGAUUGGCUGUGGAUUCACCUAUCACGGCUACAUACUCACCCGUGCACUCAAGCGCGAUAUGCAGCGUCACUCCAAACCGCCUAAAAUCAUCGCCGUCUCGUUUCGCAAGACAAGCUCGCUUGUCAAGGUGCUCGGUAUCAUCACGGUGGUUGCAUUGUCGCGGUCCAUCAUCUUUGGGCUCGUCAUUGAAGAUAGCUUUGCCGGUGUGGCCAUUGGCGACUCGAUUGCCAUGGUGGUCGAAAUCUCCCAAAUGUCAGCGGUCAUGCUCACCAUCUCACUCGGCUCUUUUAUGCCAUUUGUCAUGUUCAAGCGGGCUUUUACCUCGCUCACCGACGACGAAGUCAAUGUAAUGCACCAAGCAUCGGUUUUCAACUGUCUCGAAAGUGUUGCCUCCAAGAAAAUGUUCUCUUCCAUCAAACUGGACAGUAAUAUCAGUAGUGGUGGUAGUAGUAUAGAUGAAUAUCACACUGACAAUACUACAAGUAGAAGUAAUUCACCAAUCACUACGACCACCACCACUACCACAACUACUACCAGCAGCAGUGGAAUCGAUUCAAUCACAAUAAUAGAUUCUCCUCCUCCUCCUCCAAAUACGUCAUCAUCAUCAACAACCAUAAUAGAUUCACCAAAUCUAACUUUUACCUCAACUCUUUCAUCUCCUUAUAGCGAGUUGGAAAUUCAAGUAGUUUCAACUCUUGCUAUUGAAAACAAUAAUAAUCAAAAUAAUCAAAAUAAUAAUAGCAAUAAUAAUAAUUUAAUCCAUAAUCCCAAUAAUAAUAAUAAUAAUAAUAAUAAUAAUAAUAAUAAUAAUAAUAAUAAUAAUCUCGAACCAGUCUAUAUAAAUAUUUUUGCUACCAAUAUAAAUAUAUUAAUUACCUCUACUACGACUACUAUUACAACAAUUGCAAAGUUCUUUAACUGUGAAACAUUCUAUGAUAAACUAACAGAAAAGGCAAAAAUAGAAUGGGAUCAAAGAACUGUUAGUAUGUUACAUGCUCUCCUUGUCACUCCCCUUGCUUUUAAAAUUGCUUAUAAAUCAUAUGGUCAAGAUGAAUUAAUGUAUAUGGAUCCUUUGGUACACUAUACUUUAGUCAUUGGAGGAGGAUAUUUUAUGUGGGAUUUAUAUGAAUCAAUUUCAAAGCCACAUAUAUCUGGUAAAACUAUGAUUCUUCAUGCUAUUGCUGGUUUUGUUGCUAUAAAUUAUGUUAAUUUAACUCAUGGAUCACCUGUGUAUAAAUCAUUUUGUGCCAAGAUGUUGAUUUAUGAAUUAAGUACUAUACCAUUGAAUCUAAAGUCAUUCAUUCAAGUUGUCAACUCUAAAUCCAAAUACUAUGACUGGAGUUUAUUGGCAUUUGCCAUUUCAUUCCUGCUCGUCAGAGAUGUAUGGGGUAUUUGGGUAACACUAAGAAUGUGUUAUCAAUCAUUGACAAGAUAUCAAGAGAUUCCAAUCGACAAAAAUAUUGUUUUAAUGUUGGAAGCAGUCAUUACAAUCGCCCUAAACUUAAAUUGGGGUUCCUUACUAUUUAAGAAAUUGGUUCAAAAAUUAACUGGAACAACUCCUCCAAGAAGAAACACCUCUAAUCUUCCAAUAGUUGAAGAAAUCAAAGAAAAGGUUCAUUAA